ACCGUGAAGGCCGGGUUUCAUACAAGUGUUCGAUGUGCGAGAGGCGCAUGGCCAGGAAGGGCAGUCCGUCUCCCUCGCGUUCUCUUUUACUCUCACUCUCCUCCGUGUCUGUGUAGCGGUGGUUCAGUUGGGAUGAUUGAAACUUCAUCGUCUGCGUCGCGUCCCGAGCUGAAGGCUGCGUCUUCCGAAGUGGAGAAGGACGUUGAAGAGUGCCGUGUUGAGGACCCAAACACCGAGGGCACGCUCUUCCAGUCGCGACUGGGAGACAAGGUUCGCCGGCGUCACUUCUUCUCACCGCUGGAUAAGAGUAUCGCAGAGGCGGUCCAUAAAGAUGCCGAGACAGUCGAGUUUACUGAGGCAGAAGAGCGAGCUAUGAGGCGCAAGAUCGACCGACGGGUCUUGUCGUUAAUUAUUGGAAGCUACUUGUUCAAUCAGUUCGAUCGAACCAACAUCGGGAAUGUGCACACGGUACCCGCCUUCAACGAGAAUUACGGAGUGACAGAUAACAACAAGUGGACACUUGCAUUGAGUGUGUUCUACAUCGGUUACUGCUUGUUGGAGAUGCCUGCCAAUGUCCUGCAGCGCCGCAUUGGGGCCAAUCGUUUUUUCUUCAUGUCACUCACGUUCUGGGGACUGUCUUCGCUCUCGUUCGUGUAUGCGAAAGGCUACGUGGGGUUGCUCAUUCUGCGGGUGCUCUUGGGCAUCGGGGAGGCGGGAUAUUAUGCCGGAAUGGUCUAUUAUCUCUCGUUCUGGUACAGGAGGCAUGAGCUAGCUAUGCGCAUAAGUAUAUGCAUGACAGGCACGUACCCUGGUGCCAUCAGUGGCCUCAUCUCAUUUGGCCUUCUCCGCGCACACACGUCCUUGCUCCAAGGCUGGCAGUUCCUGUUCUUGAUUGAGGCCAUUCCCACGAUAAUAAUGGCUUCCCUGCUUCUGCUCUUUCUCCCAUCGUUUCCGUUCUCUGCCUCGUUCCUCUCCCCGCGUGAGAAGGCCAUAGCGCAGGCGCGCCUCAACCGCGACCAGAAGCCGACAUCGCAUGGCGGCAUGACGGGCUGGCAGGGCUUCAAGGCGGUCGUGAACGAUGUCAAUGCGUGGCUCUUGGUGGUCGUGUACUGCGGCUUCAACGUCGGCACAGCGACAAUCACCUACUUCCUGCCCACGCUCAUCGACGAACUGGGCUUCUCGGACAUCAACGCGCAAGGCAUGACCGUCGCGCCGUACGCCGUCGGCUGGUUCAUGGUCAUCUUCCAGGCGUGGCACAGCGACCGGACGCGCGAGCGCGGGUACCAUGUCGUCGCAUCGAUGCUCGUCUCGUUCACGGGCUACGUCAUCCUCGCGACGUCGGUGCAGAAGAGCGUCGGCGCGGGGUACUUUGCGCUCUUUCUGGUCGUUGGAGGGAACUUUAGCCUGUUCCCGCUGGUUAUGAGCUGGGCGGCGAAUUGCUUUUCUCCGACUUCGAAGCGCGGAGUUGGUACUGCGUUCAUCGUGUCGAUUGCAAACUGCAUCUCUAUUGCCUCUCCGCAAAUCUACUUCGACUCGUACGAUGACUUCCGCAAGGGCCACGGGAUCUCUGCUGGGUGCCUCUUCGCGUCGGCGCUGGCCGCGUUCAUCCUGCGCACGCGGCUCGCAUACAAGAACAAGCGGAACAAGGAGAUCCUUGCGACGAUGACUCAGGACGAGAAGAACGGGCUGGACGACGACUCCGAAAUCGCGGAUACCGAUCCGCGUUAUGUGUUCAUGGAAUGAGGAGCCAGGCAGAGGAGUGUGGUAUUAGAAUCGCAGUGUACAGCGUUGUGUAAGUACAGGAGGUGUUCUUAGACUUUGAAGUUGCGGACUCGCGGUAGUUACUACCGAAUACUAUCAUUACACGCUUUCAAGCCUCCCAGAACUAUCGGGCUGCAUGCUCGAAACUAGCCUUUAACGCAUUAAGAUUCUGAUCCUGAGUAAGGGAUGGAAGAACAGCUGUUGGGGUGCGUAGUCGAAAAUGCACAGCAGGAUGCACCCAUCCAGCUUCACACAUGAUGCAUCUUGUGAACAGCAUAACAGAUGAGCUCGGCAUAUUAUUCGUCCCAUCCAACUUUCGUUUCGGCCAUCGCUGUUGCUACCUCUUGCAUAAUGAAUUACAU